CCUAGUUCCUCUUAAUGUUUUUUAUUGGCGUUAAUAAGCCAGUAAAAACGACCCUGUGGUGUUGUGCAAGACAUGUUUUGCUACGUAUUUCAACUAAAAUCAUACAAUUGGAUAGUAGGAAGUGGGCAGUUUGUGAUCGCAUACGCUGACGGAGAUCUACUGUACUGAUAUUAACAUACUAUCGUACAGCUAGCGUUAUCUAAUGUUAUGAUAACUUAGCCAUAUUAGUUGACCUAACAUGCUCUGACCUAACGUAACCCUGCUAGCUAACUUCAAUUAUUGAUACUAAAGGAUUAUAGGAACUGGUGCACAAAUGAAGAUUUUCCAAUAGUAGACCUACCUGAGAUGCAGCAUGAACAGUGCACAUGUUGCAGUCUUGUGCUCGAAGUUCACACCUGAACGAGUUAAUAUGGACAGUAGUUACCAGUCUUCUAUGGACAGAGAAAGGGAGAUUCCACAGAAAUUCACUUCAUCACCUAGCAAAACAUCCACACAGGCUUGGUCCACUGGAGCAUAUCCUCGUGCCAGAGAAAACAGUGCAGGUGAUAGUAAUAAGACAACUUACACCAGUGCCCAGCGGAUAGAGGAGCUAGAGACGUUAAUAAGCAGGUUAAACAAUGCCAUGCUGACACUUGAGGAAGACAAUUUGAAAUUGCAUAAGAGGUUACGAGUGGGCAAACCUGAAUUGAGAACCCAGGAGGGAACACCAGAUGAUCACAGUUCAAAUAGCAGUUUCAGAGACAAGGGGGUAUUUUCCUCGGAGAAAACAGAUAGAGAUUCAAAUGCACCUGUGUUACAAGAAGACACAAACUCUCAGUUGACAAUAGAGAAUAACAGCUUGAAGAAAAAGCUUAAAGAGGCAGAGAAGAGUUGCAAACAGUGUGCCCGCGACCUUCAGAGGCUCCUGCAGAAGUACGAAGAUCUCAGAGCCCAGAAUCAAAUCCUUGAGCAGUACAACAAGCAGCUAGCCACUGACAAAAAAACUCUUCAAGAGAAACUGGACAGUCAGAGAAGCGAGAAGGUCCAAGAUGAGAAGUUGGAGAUGUCACGGGCCAGUGAGAGAGCUGGCACCAGGAUGGGUGGCCAGGCAGGGGGUUGCCGCAGGCUCUCUUUCAGGGAUGAGAAGUUCGCCACAACUGCCAGCUUCUCCGUGAGCAGUCACGCCACAGGCCAGCGUGAGGAGCCAGAGGCUGUGCCUGAGGCCGUAGCCCGCCUGACGGAGGAGAACCGGCUGCUGAAGGAGGAGUUGAGGCAGAGCACCGAGAGGGGCACCCACGCAGAGGAGAGCGCCCAGAGGCUGCGGGAGGAGCAGGCCAUCAUGGAGAGCUGCCUUUGGACAGUGCAGCAGGAGAAAGACCUGCUCCAGCAGGAGGUCAGAGCUCUGCACCAGGACUACAUCAACCUCAGUGACAGCAUCACACUCCAGCUCAGGGAGCGAGCGCAGGGAGAUGACAGAGCCCCAGAAGCUCGUGGAUCUGGUAGUCCUGCUCUUAACCAUGCCCCAUCUGCUUUUACGCAGAGUAACAACAAUAGCACUGAGCUAAAAGAGAAUGGUCUCAGAGCUCGCAGGUCCACUGGCUCGGUAACAGAAAAAGCCCCUUCAAUGAGACAGUGCACUAGUAGUGACAGCAUCACCCUCCAGUCUGGUGCGCGUAGGUCUACUGGCUCUACACCUGACAAGGCCCCUGAUGACCGCAAGAGAACCAGCAGAGAGGAAAUGAAACUAUCCACCAAGGGGAACCCAAUGCAGACCGUCAAACAAGACCAUAUAGAUAAAGACACAGUCGAAAGGAUUAGGAUCCGAUUUGAGGAAGAAGAGUUGAAGAGAGCCCAGAGACUCAAACGCCAAUAAUUGCAGUCGCAUUGCGAGGCCUGUUUCUUCUUGUUUAUUUUGUGUCAAGUGUCAAGCCAUCUCCCCCUUACCCCUGCCCUGUCCUACAGGAAUUUAGAAUAGGCAGGGGAAGAGAUUUUUUAGUAAAACAGUACACAAAAAAAUCGUGUAAUUCAGGUUGAUUUUAAACAUGAAAUCAUUUGUCCUUUCA